GAAAUAUUUCUAUAAAGUAAAUAACAACCAGGUUACUACUAAUUAUUUUGCAAGACUAGUACAAAAUAGAGAUUCAAAAUCAGAAUUCAGCUAAAAAAUUGUUUUCAAUUUUACUUUUUAUGCCUUCUCUCUUGAACAAUUAUUCAGAUGGCAUUGAAUAUGUCAAAUUUGGUUGGGUUGUUCUAGUUCAAAUUUAGGUUAUGUUCACUGUUUUCAUUUCAAUGUUUUAUAGAAAUAGUUAUUGUUGACUGUAUUUUUGUUAAAUUUUCCCAAAUCAAAGAUAUUAAUUCCAAUACAAAUGUUGGGUCAAUAAUGUUUAAUUGAUUGUUCAUUGUAAUUUCUCAUUCAAUUUGAGCAUUGUUUAUGUGAUUAGGAUGUCUAGUAAAUCGGGUAUUGGGCCUGUUUUACCAUCUAGCUCCAAACAAUGUUCUGAGGAAAUGUCUGAUGAAAGCGGAUCAGAUUCAGGUGACAAUAUGAUAGGACCAGCUCUACCACAACACCUCAGGAAACAGAAAUCGAGUGAUGAAAAAGAACCUGAUACUACCAUAGGACCAGCGCUACCUCCUCAUCUUCAAAAAGCUAACGACACUUCAGAUCCAAAAUCUUUAGGUCCUGCUCUACCCCCUCAUCUACAAAAAGCUGACAACACUUUAGGUCCAGCGCUACCUCCUCAUCUUCAAAAAGACAACAACACAACAGAUCAAGAAUCUUUUGGUCCUGCUCUUCCACCUCAUCUGAAGAAAAGAAUGGUCGAGGAACAGGAUGAUGAAAGUGAGGAUGAUGAUGUUAUUGGACCUGUCCCACAAGACUCCAAGUACUCGGCCUCACAACAUAAAUUGAACAUCAGAGCUCAGUAUCUCAAGAGGAAAAUGUACGAAGAGAGUAACACCAACGAUGAGAAAACAAAGAGAGAAAGUUGGAUGUUGGAGCUCCCGCCAGAAAAAGCAGCUAAUAUUGGACUUGGACCGCGAAGUUUUCGAAUGAAAGAAGCACCUGAUAUGAGUGAUCGCUCAAGUUGGACCGACACACCGGAAGAUAAACUAAGGAAGAAACUCCUUGCCGAGGCCGGAAUAGAGACUGAACCGAAGAGUGAAGACAUGAGUCAGGUGGCAAUCAAGGAGAGAGAUAAGGCGAUGGAAAAGAUGGCCGCCAAAUGCAAGAAAGACAAAAAGCAAUUGUCGUUGUUGCAAAUGCACCAAAAGGAGCAGAAGAAGAAACGAAAGAAAGAAGAGAAAGAACGCAAAGGUGCCAAAGCCGAGAGAAGGCCUUUCGAUAGAAAUAUCGACUUACAAGCGAACAGAUUCGACGAUGCUCAGAAAAAAUCGAUUUUCAAGAAAGCGCAAUUACUGGACACGCGAUUUUCAUCUGGUCAAAGCAAAUUUUUGUAGGAAAAUUAGAUUUUUUUUGUAGAAGUGAAAUUGUUACGGCCACCGAGGUGGGAACUGGUUGGCAGUAACAUAAAUGUACCAAUUCCGGAGAUGGACUCCAACAAUGUGUAUAUUCUCGAUUUGUAUUAACUCAAUAUAGCCUAUUCAAUAUAUACUCGUAUUACAGAUCAA